AUGGGUGGUUCUGUCCCUGAAGAAGGAACGAUUAUUAAUCCAGCCAUGCUUCACGAGCGGGCUCUGGCAUCGUCGCGGCGGGAUGGGAGGAAGGAAGCCGUGGCCCUACAGGUGGUUGACACCACCACCACCCUUAUAACUGUGAUUGACUCGGGCAGCCUAAGCCGAUCAGCAUUCCCUAGCCAGUUCCAGCAAAAGGAAGCUCACCCACCCACGUUGUCGCAGGCGGCGGCGUGGCUGGAGGCGGCGCGCCGCGCCCGGGUGGUGGCCCUGGAGCGCGGCGGCUGCGGGCGCAGCUCCAACCGGCUGGCCCGCUUCUCCGACGGCACCCGUGCCUGCGUGCGCUACGGCAUCAACCCCGAGCAGAUACAGGGCGAGGCCCUAUCCUACUACCUGGCGCGCCUGCUGGGCCUCCAGCGCCACGUGCCGCCGCUGGCGCUGGCCCGGGUGGAGGCUCGCGGCGCGCAGUGGGCGCAGGUGCAGGAGGAGCUUCGUGCCGCGCACUGGACGGAGGGCAGCGUGGUGAGCCUGACGCGCUGGCUGCCCAACCUCACGGACGUGGUGGUGCCCGCGCCCUGGCGCUCCGAGGACGGCCAGCUGCGGCCUCUGCGUGCCGCCGGGGGCGAGCUGGCCAACCGCAGCCAGGCGGAGCUGGUGGACCUGGUGCAGUGGACGGACUUGAUCCUUUUCGACUAUCUGACGGCCAACUUCGACCGGCUCGUCAGCAACCUCUUCAGCCUGCAGUGGGACCCGCGCGUCAUGCAGCGCGCCACCAGCAACCUGCACCGCGGCCCCGGCGGGGCGCUGGUCUUUCUGGACAACGAGGCGGGCUUGGUGCACGGCUACCGGGUGGCGGGCAUGUGGGACAAGUAUAACGAGCCGCUGCUACAGUCGGUGUGCGUGUUCCGCGAGCGGACAGCGCGGCGCGUCCUGGAGCUGCACCGCGGCCAGGACGCGGCCGCCCGGUUGCUGCGCCUCUACCGGCACCACGAGCCUCGCUUCCCGGAGCUGGCCGCGCUCGCCGACCCCCACGCUCAGCUGCUGCAGCGCCGCCUCGACUUCCUCGCCAAGCACAUUUUGCACUGCAAGGCCAAAUACGGCCGCCGCCCGGGGACUUAGCAUCCCGGAAGAGGAGAGGGAGAGACCCCCUGGCUGGGGAAUGGAUGAUGGGGGAAGGGCCGUCGCCUCGGCCACCGCCUGGGACCCGCCGACCGGCCAACGCCCAGCCAGUGCCCCGAGCAGAAUGGAGGCUAAAACUUCACAGCUUCACCCACCUGCCCCUUUCUCUCCGUCUCCUGCUGUUUCAAAGUUCUGGGAGGACGAACUCACCGGGGCGAGAAGUGUAACAGCCUAUAAAAGGAUUCUGCCCUGUGCCAGCACGGAGUUUGGAUCCGAAAAAACCGGCGGCUGCAGUUUGGCCCCCGGGUGGCCGUCUCUGUGGGAGAUGCAUCCCAUUCCCUGCCCCCCCUCAUUCUCUUUCCGAAAAAGAAAAACUUCUAUUUGAGCCGUUGAGCUAAUUGUGCAUUUAGUACCAAACGCAGCGCUGGUGGCCCCGGAGCAGGGCUGUGACAUUGGCUGGUGGAGCCCACUUCCUGUGUUCUGCCUUUGUUCCAGCACCGUGAUGGUGAGAUCACUGUUAGGAGCUGGGGGAAGGCUCCCGAUAGGACAAAGAGAACAGGACCUUCAGAACUGGGGGGUCCUACAGACCCUGACAAUUUGUCUGACUUGUUCCUUACCACAUACCUUUUUGGCCUAAAGGCUACAAAUGCAGGACCGGAGUAUGCACUGAGUCAAGUAAUGAAUUUCUUCUUCCUAACCCCUCCCCUCCGACCAAAAUUUUGACAAUGAUGAUGUUCACCAGAAGAAAAUGAGUUUCAUGCACUUUACUUUGUUUUUAGUUUUUUAUUAAGAAAAACUUUUUUUAUUUGACAAAAUUUGCCUUGUGUGUAUAUAUGUGCAUAAAGUGUGUUGUAAAUAUACUAAACAAACUUAUAUUUCAAUAAAAGGGAGUUUAAAAUUUA